GAAGCUAAAAGAAGAGCAGGCUCAGCAGAUUCUCAGUCAGAUGGAUGCUAUUGGUCUGAGCCCUGAGGCUUUGCUGGAGCUGCAUCAGAAAAGGCAGAAAGAUGGUAAGAAGCCAAUUCCUGAAGAUCAAGUUUCUGAGCCUCCUGGUACCAGCAAGCCUGAAGCUGCAGUUCCUUCUGAGGCUGACAGGGCUGAGUUUGAGUCUUGUGGUCCAGCCACCAAGAAGGCAAGACUUGAAGAGCCCCAGCAGUCUUCUGAGAUGGUGGAGGUCAUUGUUGAGGAGGACCUGAGGGUGUGGCUUAG